AUGGUCCGCCUGGACUCCCGCCUCCACUCCCCUAUGUACUAUUUCCUCAAACACCUCUCCUGGUUGGAAAUUAUCAUCACCACCACUGUCAUACCAAAGAUGCUCAGCAUUCUCAUUUCAGAGAAGAAGACCAUCUCCUUCUUUGCAUGUGCCAUUCAAGUCACAUUAUACUUCCUUGCAGGAACCACAGAAGUCCUCCUCCUGGGAGCAAUGUCUGUGGACCGCUACCUAACCAUUUGCAACCCAUUGCGCUACACAGCCAUCAUGAGUAGCCAGGUCUGUUUACUGAUGGUGCUUUUCUGCUGGUUCAUUAGUUUUGUUUGUAUUGCAGUUGGAGUAGUUUCCAAAUCAGAACUGCCUUACUGUGGCCCUAAUGUCAUUGAUCAUUUCUUCUGUGACACAGGACCCUUGACAAAGUUGCUGUGUGCAGAUACUAGCCUUGUUCAAGCUAUAGAAUUUGCCUCAUCAUGUUUUACAUUGCUUUCCUCUGUGUCUGUCACCACCAUCUCUUAUAUCUGCAUCAUUGUAACAGUGAUGAGGAUGCCUUCUGCCCAAGGUAGGAAUAAAGCUUUUAGUACUUGCAGUUCACAUAUCAAUGUGGCCUCACUCUACUAUGGUAGCUCCAUAUUCAUCUACGUGAGGGCAUCUGGGAGCUCAUCCAUUGGUUUUAAUAAGGUAGCAAAAAAGAUCAACACAACAGUGGUAACCCCCUUGCUCAACCCAAUUAUCUAUAGCUUUAGAAAUAAAGCAGUUAAAGAUGCUUUGAAAGAUAGAGUGAAACAGCUUGGUUCUAUCUUUGCAAAUGCAGUGAUAAAGAACUAUCAGCAAGUCUUGGCCUUCUGGUUUGCUGUGAAGGAGGUCAGUGGAAAUCCAAGGCUCUUGGCUAAUGUAACAAUGAGAUUCCACAUCUAUGACAGCUACUUCAAUGACAACUUAACCUUUCAGACAACCCUGAAUCUCCUCUAUAGCCUGAAAACAAUUCUACCAUAUUACAAAUGUGAUUCAGAGAAAAAUCUGGUAGCCAUCAUUGGGGCACUUCACUCAGAAACUUCCUUUCAUAUGGCAACUAUGUCAAAGAUCUAUAAAAUUCCACAG